AGUCUACAAUAGUCGCGAGUUGAGCGCAGUCCGCACUAUGUACGCGAGUAUAUCCCUCGCGCGGUUUUUCGCGUUCGCUGCCCUCGUCGGAAGCGUCUAUGCUCGUGUACAGCCAAACAACGCAGAAAUUUACGUAGACGUGGCCCCCCACUCCGAGGAGCAAGAAGAAAUAGAAAAGAGAUACACAAAGGAGCUAGUAGAAGAAUUUAAUUCGGUUAGUGCAGAUGCUCUGCUCCUCUUCACGGAGUACACGGCGAAAGCUGGUGCUGAGCUCAAGACCUUCUUGAGAAACAUGUCUUUGCUGACCGCGGAUACUAUUGGUUCUAUGGAUCCAAGGGUUUUGGACAAUGCGCCAGCCUCGUGUCGUGUCAAGUUCGAGAGUCAGCUGAAGAAGAUCGAAUAUGAUGCGCACCGCGCUGCCAGCUUCAACGGCGAGAACCACCAUAAGUUCCUCCUCGGCCACAUGAUCGUCUUCAGGAUGCAUCUCAAUAAGAGUGAGGAGUAUAUAAAGAAAUGUGACAGAAUAAUAAAGGACUGCGGCAUACCGUGCGAAACGACUCCAAGAAUAACAAAAUGGCGUCGACUUGCCUUGGAAGAAAUCAACCGAGUUCGAGACGACAUCGAACAUUCGAGGCGAUCGUAUCGCGACCUGUUGCUGCACGCGCACAGGCGUCUCAAUCACCUGAGGAAGCACGCGAAAACGCGGGCUUCGGCUGCUGUACAGGAGCUUACUGAAUGUGUUCAAGCUGGUUAAAUAAUCCCUUGAACAAUAACCCAAUCCAAAAAUAUUUUUUAUACGUGGUGCGACCAAGCUGCAGUUUGUUUUGGCUGCAACAAGAAUAGUUCACUUUGACCGGGGAAGAACCACGUUCUUACAGUAUACCAGCGUGGAAUAGCAGCUUGAUGCUGCUGUGUUUUCGUAUGGUGAGUGUAGAGAACCGGAGAACCUUUUACUGGAAACAAGAAAUUCCAUCUUAGUUCUGAUGGAUGACGACACAUCUGCAUUUUGAUUCAUAAUCGAGAAUAGUUGUAGAUGUCUAUGGGCCACAGCAUCCACUUACCAACAAGUGGACUGUGUGCUUGUUUGUCACCUUUAUUCUAUACAAAAAAAACGGAUUUUUUUUGUAGAAGUAAGCCCACCCAAACAACCAAAGAAAGACGAAAUGCUGCGUGCAUUUCAAGUGACGCAAAAACCAAGCUAAAACCAUGCUCAACUUAUUGUAAAGUCACGCAUCACGUACACUUAUGCAUUAAAAUCAUUUGCAAACAAACAUGGUUUUAGGUGCGUAUGUGUGCGUCAGGCAGUCAACUUUUACAGGCUGAAAAAGAAAGAAAGGAAAUAGAUGUGUGCGUGAGUGUGGUAGAAGAAGUUGAGCAUAGUUUCGGAAUCACUUAAAAUACACUGGCGCUCCGUCUAUCUCUCUUUAUUAUUCGAAGAAUGUAAGGGUAACAAAUGAGCACACAGUCCACCUGUGUGAAGUUAAUGUGGCGAUCCAUAGGCAACUAAAUUUAUCAUCAAUUAAGAAACAAAAAGCAAAUGCAUUGUCACCCCUGAGGACUAAGUUGUAACGGCUCGCUACCAGUUAAAGGGUAGAUACAUACGCAACAUAGCAGCAUAAUGAUGCAACUUCAAUCUGAUAAUAUGUGAGAGCGUGGUCCUCCCUUCUGAGCCGACCCAUUCGUGCUGCAAACAUAAUGUAACUACAGCGUGUAUAUCAUGUACAAAAUAUUGGCGACAAAAUUUUACAAUAUUUUUAAAACUGUCUAGGUUAUUUCCCUAUUGUUUUUGUUUGUUUUGUGUGUUGGUAGUAGAAAGGCUUUGCCAUAAACGCUAUAUCCGUCUCUGGAUUUAAUAUUUUAUAUAAGAGGCGUAAGGGGCCAUUCAUUAAUUACGUAAGGAUUAUUUUGGCGAUUUUAGACCCCCCCUGCCAGAAUGUAAGGGUACAUAAGAUUUCUCGACUGAAUUGGUAUCCCUUCCCUCUUCUGUUUUCUCUCCCCUCUUCUUUUUGGGACUAAUAAAAUGUUGUUAGAAAAGGACCAGUUACACUAACACUCAGUUUGACGUAAAUCAGAGAUUUUAAUUUUUUAACAGGUUUAGGCUAUAGGUACUCGUUUAUUGGUAUCAGAUACAGAUUAUCAUUACAUUAUUAUUGGACUACAACAACAUGGAAACUACGCGGGAAUUUUAAAGUUAUAAAAUAUUGUUAGUUUGAGUAAAAUAAUAUGUUAUUGCGACCUCAAUUAUUAUGGAAUAAAAAAAUUUAAUCAUUCAAUGCUAUUGUUGCUUGUUGCUUCCAAAUAAAUAAGAUUAAUACGCGGGAAGACUGUACUAUAAUUAUUACUAAUGACAUUUAAAAUGGAUAAAAAUGAACACACUUAAAACUUUAAAAUAUUAAUAAACAAUAAAAAAAUUAAAUAAGAUGUCAUUCGAAGUGUACAGAAUUGUAGUUAUAGAAUGAAGAAAACCAUUCAACAUCCGAAUUGUAACUAGAUUUCUAAUAUUAAAUUUCGACUUAAAAAAAUUAUAUUUAUUAUAACUUUCCUGUGAUUCCUCUUUGACGUUUGAAGUAAAGUCAUAGUCAUAAUUUUACUGUUAGUCAUUGGUUAUUCUUUCAUUUUUAUUUUAGAGGGAAUUUUUUUUUAAAAUGUUAAUCGUUAUGUCUAAUAUGAUAAAUGAUGGAUGAUGUUUAAAAGUAAGGAUAUUCCACGCGCAUUUAAUGCGUUUGAUUCUGGGGUUUUACGUGCAGAUAGGGUAUAAUAGAUACUCUAUAUUCUAUACAUAAAUCUAUGAAACGAUGAUAUUCGCACAGAAUUAUUACUAUGGAUAUUAUAUAUGAUAAAUAUACUAUAGAUAUAAAAUCGAAUUGUCGGUAUCGAUGCCUCAUAUGGAGAUUUGGAAUCUGUUUGGAAAUCAUGGUUCAUGGUUAUAAUCAAGUUACUUACACCAAACAAUACAUUAAAACUUAACAUAGGUACUUAACAUAUUAAAAAAAAGCAUUAUAUUGCCAGGAUGAGAUUUAUAUUUUGGUUCAUGCAAGGCGAUGGUUGCAUUGCAAUUGUUUUUUGUUGGAAUAACUAUACGCUAAAUAUAAGAAAAAUGUCAUAAAGUAUACAAAAAACUUCGUGCCAUCAUAAACCUUAUUUUCUUAGUUAUUUUACAAAUUGUAAUAAAAAUAUUACGUAAGAAUAUCCUAUUUAAUCCUAGAUGUUAUUUAUUACCUACAAACUUUUUAUGAAAUUAUAUACUUUUUGAAGUAUUAUUGGCUAAAAGAUUUAAAUAAAAAAAAAAAAACAGUGAUUAAAGAUUGUACAUUUGUAAAAUGAAAGUUGUUAUGAUUGAAAUAAAAUUUAAGGUAGAGUGUAAUAUGAUGUGAUUUAAAAUAUAAAAAAUAUAUAGUAGCAAUUAUUAAUUUAUUUUAUACAAUUAUUAAAGGUCAUAUUGUUGUUUUAUUAAAAUCAUCCACAAUAUCGUCUAUUAUUGAAAAUUUAAUAAAAUAUCAGUCAUAAAUUUAAAUCAAAAUAGUUCUAUCUAGUAAUAAUUAAAUGAAGCAUUGCAUUUUGCACUGCUUCAUUUUGUUAUUUGAAUGGAGUAAAACAUUGUUAUUUCUGUUAAUCUUAUUUUUUGUUGACAAAUUUGAAAUAAUAAUAGAGCGAUAAUUUAUAACAUAACAAAAUAUUUUGAUUGAUUUUGAUUUUUUUUUUAAUUUUGUAGAGAAAUACGUACUUACUUAGUCCCACUGUGAUAGUCAUAAAUUAAUUUAAAUUAUUUAAUAAAGUAACAUUUAAGUCGAAAAUCGAUAGUACAAUUUGGUGAUUUUUAAACAUAACAAAAUGUUGUUAUUUAAUGUAUUAUAAAAAGAUUUUUGUAAUAAAUGUGUUAACAAUUUU